AUGAACCGACCAGCCUAUCUUCCUACUUCUGGAAUGGUGUCGACUCUGAGGGAUCCUGCCCCGGAUUCCAAAGAUGAAAGGGUUUCACCCUCCAAUGGCAGUAGUCCUGCGGAAAUGGCUGUCCCAUUUGCGACCGAGACAUAUUUGCAAGGAUCACUCGAUGACAUUCCUAUGCUGGCUGAAGCAUGGACCUAUUGA